GCGGCCGCCGCGCAAACUCGUGCCGCUCGCCUACAAGCAGUUCAGCCCCAACGUGCCCGAGAAGACCCUGGGCGCCAGCGGGCGCUAUGAAGGCAAGAUCGCGCGCAGCUCGGAGCGCUUCAAGGAGCUCACUCCCAACUACAAUCCCGACAUCAUCUUCAAGGACGAGGAGAACACUGGCGCCGACCGCCUCAUGACCCAGCGCUGCAAGGACCGCCUGAACUCGCUGGCCAUCUCCGUGAUGAACCAGUGGCCCGGCGUGAAGCUGCGGGUGACCGAGGGCUGGGACGAGGACGGCCACCACUCGGAGGAGUCCCUGCACUAUGAGGGCCGCGCGGUGGACAUCACCACGUCGGACCGCGACCGCAAUAAGUACGGACUGCUGGCGCGCUUGGCAGUGGAGGCCGGCUUUGACUGGGUGUAUUACGAGUCGAAGGCGCAUGUGCACUGCUCCGUCAAGUCCGAGCACUCAGCCGCAGCCAAGACAGGCGGCUGCUUCCCGGCUGGAGCCCAGGUGCGCCUGGAGAGUGGGGCGCGGGUGGCCUUGUCAGCUGUGAGGCCGGGAGACCGAGUGCUGGCCAUGGGGGAGGACGGGAACCCCACCUUCAGUGACGUGCUCAUUUUCUUGGACCGCGAACCAGACAGGCUGAGGGCCUUCCAGGUCAUCGAGACCCAGGACCCCCCACGCCGCCUGGCGCUCACGCCUGCCCACCUGCUCUUCACGGCCGACAAUCACACGGAACCGGCGUCCCACUUCCGGGCCACGUUCGCCAGCCACGUACAGCCUGGCCAGUAUGUCCUGGUGGCUGGGGUGCCAGGCCUGCAGCCUGCCCGGGUGGCAGCUGUCUCCACACACGUGGCCCCCGGGGCCUAUGCCCCACUCACAAGGCAUGGGACCCUGGUGGUGGAGGAUGUGGUAGCUUCCUGCUUCGCGGCUGUGGCUGACCACCGCUUGGCUCAGUUGGCCUUCUGGCCCCUGCGACUGUUUCACAGCCUGGCAUGGGGCAGCUGGACCCCUGAAGAGGGUGUACACUGGUACCCCCAGCUGCUCUACCGCCUCGGGCAUCUCUUGCUAGGAGAGGGCAGCUUCCACCCACUGGGAAUGUCCGGGGCAGGGAGCUGAAAGGACCUCACCACUGCCCUUCCGGAACUGCCAUAUUAGGUCCAGAGGCCUCCCUGCCAGGAGGGUGCUGGCCCUGGAAGGGGCCUGAGCUGGGGGCACUGGUUCCUGCCAUCUCUUCUACGGUGGAGAUACACCAUUGAGACUUGACUGGGCCACGCCAGCAUCCCUUACCCCAUCUUGGUGUAGUGAUAGAGCUGCAAGCUGAGCUGGCAAGGGGGUGGUGGUCUGUCCUGUCUAGAGACUUGGAGGCUGGCACGGUGGCUCCCAACCCAGCCAGCUCUCACCACAGUUUUUCACACCUGGUCUCCCCCAGUGGGGAGGGCCCAUUCCAUCCAUCUUAGGCCCCACUUAGGUGGACUUGCACCUCGGUUGAUGCUGCUAGAUUCUCUGGGAGCCAGCAGGGAGCUGGCUAGACUAAAUGCUGCCCAGAACUGAGAAGGCCACGGGGGGCAGCCCACCUGGCCAUCCUGAAGCAUGACCUUGCUCCCUGGCCACACUCCUCCAGACAUAUCCAGAGACUGUUGCCAUCAGUAGACAGAGUUCUGUGUUCUGGCCAAUGUGACCAUACUGCUUGGGACAAGGGUAGGAGGGCUGGAUGUCCUUGCCACCCCUACCCAGGCUAAGCUCCCUUUUCUGCUGAACCAUGACCCUCACCCCCGCCUCCAGUCAGUCUCCCCCACCUUAUUUAUUGGCGCAUAGGGGGAAGCACAUGGGAGAAUUUUGGGGACUUUUUGGUCUUUUCUUCCUUUUGUAAUAAAAAUUAUUUAAGUUGUUAGAACC